CCCUCGUUACUUGCUAUCCGCCUACAAGUAUGGCUGUUCUGUAGUUGUAAUAUAUUUGUUUUUGUUGUGUAGCUAAUCCGAACUUUUUCACUAUAAGCAACUUUUUCCUUUGGACUUUAGCUUACUUGACCUAAAAACGACAUUGCAAUCCAGAUCACCAUGCCAUCCGCCUGUGACUCUCUGAUUGAAGACAUCGAGGAUAUGGUGUCUUUUAAUGACCCCACUCCUCAUGACAGACAGUCUGCAAGAAAGAGUAUUCUGCCAAGGUCAAGAAAGAAGAAAGAGCUUUUAAGCAAUGAAGAGCUUCAAGUAGACAGUUUGAUCCCUGGCACCCAAAAGAUCUGGAUGAAAACGUGGGGAUGCAGUCAUAACAACUCAGAUGGGGAGUACAUGGCUGGACAGCUCGCUGCCAGCGGAUACAAGAUAACAGAGGACUCAGCAGAAGCCGACUUGUGGUUGCUGAACAGCUGCACAGUGAAAAACCCUGCAGAGGAUCACUUCAGAAAUUCAAUCAAGAAAGCCCAGGAGCAGCAAAAAAAAGUGGUCGUUGCAGGUUGUGUUCCUCAGGCUCAGCCCCGGAUGGACUACCUUAAAGGUCUUAGCAUUAUUGGGGUCCAACAGAUUGAUCGAGUGGUGGAAGUAGUGGACGAGGCUGUUAAAGGUCACUCUGUUCGCCUGCUGGGUCAGAAGAAAGAUGGCGGAAGGAGACUUGGAGGUGCGAGAUUGGACUUGCCGAAGAUUAGGAAGAACCCUCUGAUUGAAAUCAUCUCCAUUAACACUGGGUGUUUGAAUGCAUGUACGUACUGCAAGACAAAACAUGCUCGAGGAGACUUGGCCAGCUAUCCCAUAGAGGAGCUCGUGGAACGAGCUAGGCAGUCUUUCCAGGAGGGAGUGUGUGAGAUCUGGUUGACAAGUGAAGACACUGGUGCUUACGGCAGAGACAUAGGGACAGACCUGCCUACAUUACUGUGGAGAUUAGUGCAGGAGAUACCUGAAGGAGCCAUGCUGAGGCUGGGCAUGACCAACCCUCCUUACAUCCUGGAACACCUGGAGGAGAUGGCAAAGAUUUUAAAUCACCCACGUGUUUAUGCCUUCCUUCAUGUUCCCGUGCAGUCGGCCUCAGACAGUGUCCUGAUGGACAUGAAGAGGGAAUAUUGCAUUGAUGACUUCAGAAGAGUUGUGGACUUCCUCAAAGACAAAGUACCUGGAGUAACAAUUGCUACAGAUAUAAUCUGUGGAUUUCCCGGUGAGACUGAGGAAGACUUCCAGGACACUUUACAACUUGUGAAACACUAUCAGUUUCCUAGUUUGUUCAUCAACCAGUUUUACCCAAGACCCGGUACACCUGCUGCUAAGAUGGAGCAAGUUCCAGCACAUGUGAAAAAGCAGAGGACUAAAAAACUCUCUGAACUCUUCCACUCUUACAACCCCUACGACCACAAGGUAGGAGAGAGACAAUUUGUGCUGGUGACAGAGGAGUCUUUUGAUGCGCAGUACUAUGUUUCCCACAACAAGUUCUACGAACAGGUGCUGGUACCAAAAAGGGCUGAUUUCAAAGGAAAGAUGAUUGAAGUGGACAUCUACGAGGCAGGGAAGCACUUUAUGAAGGGGCGACCAGUAGAAGACAGCAAGCCUUUCACUCCCUCUAUUGCCGUGCCUCUUCAGAAAGGAGAAGUCUCUGGUCUGUUGCAGGAACAUAUGGCCAAUGGAGUCAAAGGAGCUGCUUCUAUGCCACCUGACUCUGCGCUCCUGGUCGGCUCCUACAGUCUGGACAGAGAACUGCUGAGGAAACUGGGGAUUUGCGUUGCACUAGCAGCCGCCGUCUUGGCCUUUAUUAUUGAGAAGCUCUAUUAAAUGUACUGAAUCAAGAAACACCGACAAGUUUGAAGUCUGAGAAGAUGUUUUAUUUAAGCAGGUUUGGCACAGGUUUUGUGUUUUUGAUUGGAAAUGAUUGCAUCAAAUUUUUUUGUCUUUGCUCACUUCUUGCAUCCUGAAAGUUUUUAUGCUUUGUAGCCAUUUUACAGAUAAACCAAGAACACCUGAAAGUCCUAUUGCAUUUUAAUGAAAAUGAAAUGAGCAAGACGUCUUCAGUCCUUUUACAUUCGUUUCAGAGUAUUUUUAUUUUUUUUUUUACAACCUAAACAUAGUACAUUUUUAGAGCUGCAAGAUAAAUCUCAUUCAGGUUGUGUUUACAAAUUUACCUAUGGCUCAAAAUAUUGAUAUUUGACUUCCCUUCAGUAAAAAAAGAACAACAAAAAUAAAACUGUAAUUAUUCAUGUUUAAAAUAAAAAUGUGCACUGUUGUUUAUAAUAGUUUCCUGCCAGUUUAUUGCUGCCAGACACAAUCAUAAUAAUUUGUUUUAUUCUGUACACCCUGAUCUUCUUUGCUCUCUACAGGAGAACAGUUUCAUUUGUUCUCUGCCUGUAAUUGUGCUUUGCUGAUGUUUACCUUUGAGAUUUCUUCUUCUGUGUGCCCUUAUAUUCCCUUUUCUUUCCACCAUCAUUAUAAUACUACUUUAUGAUCCUGCAAUAAAACCAAAAUGAUUAA